CCAACUUAACCACUUGGCCACAGGGCGGCCCCCACCCACACGAGUUCUUCAUUAACAUUCGUACGUGCUCCACAGCAGUAUUUCAUAAUUACAUCUUAAAAUCCCUCUUUCCUAUCCGGAUCACCUAAUUUCUCAGGUACUUCUGCUGUUCUUAAUUCUCCAGAAAACUUCCUCAGCCCCAGUUGGUUCUCUUCCCCCUUUUCUCCUGUUUCUUUACCACCAAAGCCCUAAUCUGUCUUGUCUUUUUUUGAGGGGGCUGCAGUUUGGGAUGGAGGUCCUUAUGGGUACCUAAUGAAUUUGUCCAUUCUGGAUGACAGGCCAUCUUUCUUUGCUUGGACGGAGGUAAAGGAUUCAUCUUUCCCUCUCGCUCAUGCCCCACAUCUAAUCUACUCAUCUAAUAGAAACGCAGUGCUUGAGGCUAGAGAGGUCACAGGAACCAAGGAGAGAGGGCCUCAAAUGCUAGACUAAGAGCCUGGAUUGAAUUGAGGAUAGUUGGAGAACCAACCAAUUAGAUUCUACCUUCUAACCUUCUCUAGAACCUGGUCUUUGUGCUUUUCCACACUAUCACAGUCCAGCCUCGGGCCACCUUCAAGUCUCACAAGGACUUCUUCAAUGGCCUCCUUUCAGGCCUCAGAUUGUGGUCUUGCCCCUCUACAUUAUCGCCAAAUGCAAAUUCUCCUACAAGGCAAAUCUGAGCAUUCUCCUGCUUAAAAAUUGUUUCCCCAGGUGUCCUCAACCCAAGCUCUUACCCCUAGCAUUUGAGGCCCUCCCUAGUUGGCUCCCUCUAGCCUCGUCUGUUUUUCCAUACACCGUAACUACCGUGGAAAUUGCCCACCAUGCCCGCUCUGAACCUUUGCUCAGGCUGUGCGCUCUGCUUGGGAUGCCUUUCCCUCGUCUUAGCUACUCGACACAUACCCACAUAUCUUUCAAUACUCAACUUAAGCUUCACCUCCUUUCUAGAGAACCUUCUGACGCCCUCCCUCCAAAAAGCUCUUCCUCCUUUAUGCAUCUUUGUUUUUCAAAUAGACUUCCACCUGCAAACUCCUUUGCAUCCAUUCUAUCUUCUUCCCACCUAGCUUGGCAGUGCUUAUGGCUGGAGUUUCUGUCAUCUAUCACUGGCAGGCUGCACUGGGCUGGACUCACUGCAAACCCCAGUAAAUGUUGAAUAAAGGGAUGAAAGUACUGUUGGGGCCCUCAUGCUCUUUAAGGAGACCUGGUACAUUGGAGUUGGAUGAACAUGGAUUAGAGUACAAACACUCCAAGAACUGUUUGCUCAUGGGCAAGUCAUUUGAAUUCUGAGCCUUGAUUUCCUGUUCUGCCUACCUAUCAGGAUUCUUUGAAAUAACAUAUAUGAGGUGCCUGGCUUACUGUAGAGACUCAAAUAUUUAUCACCCUCUUGGCUAAGAAGCAGAGGGGGAAAAGGUAAACGGGAUGAGGAGCAUGGAUGUAAGGGGAGGGAGCUGAAACCUCUGAACCCCAGUGUGCUUGCAUUUCUAAAGCUGUGCUAGCCACCUGCUCUGUCCUGGAGCAAAGUCGAGUUAGGUGGAUGGGGUGGGGGUGACAAGUCGGGUACGGGUGACAGAUCAAGUGCCUGCCAAGGCCAAGCCCUCCCCCAGGCUGCCAGAAUGGACCAGCCCCAAGUGACAUCACAAUCCUGGGGGGGGUUGCCAAGGCACUGCUGGAGGUGGACCCUCUUAUUUCUCCCCAUGGAGCUCUAGGAUGUGGAUGUGAGAAAGGUGAGCAAGGAAGGUAGAUGGCAACGAGAAACUGCUCUAGCCCCAUGCCCAUGGGCACGGCUCAGGGUGACCCUGGAGAGAUGGGAACACUGCCAAGUCCUGAUGUUGGCAUUCUGGACACAGGUUCAGCCACUCAGCUGAAGAUGAAGCCCAAGAAGGUGCGUAAGAUCAAGGCACUCAUCUUAGACCUGGGUUCCCAGUACUGUAAGUGUGGCUAUGCAGGAGAGCCAAGGCCCACCUACUUCAUCUCCUCCACUGUGGGCAAGCGCUACUCUGAGGCCGCUGAUGCUGGCGACAACCGCAAGGAGACCUAUGUGGGCCACGAGCUGCUCAACAUGGAGGCGCCUCUGAAGCUGGUUAACCCGCUAAAAUAUGGUGUCGUGGUGGACUGGGACUGUGUCCAGAACAUCUUGGAGUACGUAUUCCACACAGCCAUGAAGAUCCUCCCUGAGGAUCAUGCUGUGCUGCUCUCCGACGCCCCGCUCAGCCCCAUCAGCAAUCGGGAGAAAUACGCCGAGCUCAUGUUUGAAACCUUUGGCAUCCCUGCCAUGCACGUGACGUCCCAGUCGCUGCUGUCCAUCUAUUCCUAUGGCAAGACCUCAGGGCUGGUGGUGGAGAGUGGGCAUGGUGUCUCGCAUGUGGUGCCUAUCUCAGAGGGCAACGUGCUGCCGGGCCUGACGAGCCGCACCGACUAUGCCGGGAGCGACCUUACCAACUACCUGCUGCAGCUGCUCAACGGGGCCGGCCACCAGUUCACGGACGACCACCUGCACAUCAUCGAGCACAUCAAGAAGGAGUGCUGCUACUCGGCACUCGUGCCCGAGGAGGAGCUCCGCCUGGGUCUGGAGGAGCUGCAUGUGGUCUACGAGCUCCCUGAUGGCAAGCUCAUCACCAUCGGUCACGAGCGCUUCCAGUGUGCCGAGAUGCUCUUCAAACCCACCUUGGUGGGCAGCAGUGAUCCCGGCCUUCCUGCGGUCACGGCUGCCUGCCUGGGCCGCUGCCAGGAGGCGGGCUUCAAGGAGGAGAUGGCGGCCAACGUGCUGCUGUGUGGUGGUUGUACCAUGCUGGAGGGCUUCCCCCAGCGCUUCCAGAGGGAGCUGAGCCUCCUCUGUCCUGGGGACAGCCUUUCAGUGGCUGCUGCUCCCGAGAGGAAGACCUCCGUGUGGACCGGCGGCUCCAUCCUGGCCUCCCUGCAGGCCUUCCAGCAGCUCUGGGUCAGCAAGGAAGAGUUUCGGGAGCGGGGCAGCGCAGCCAUCUACAGCAAGUGCUGAGCGGCGGUGCCCCGAUAGGCAGG